CAGAUGCCGCCGGGGGCCGGGCACGGCGGUGGGGCGACGGGACGCCACGGCUGAUGGCCCCUCGCCGGAGAUAGGCAGCGCUCGGUGGGGCUGCCCACUUGCCCCCCGUGCCGGGAGGUCCCUGUCCCACCCGGCACGGUGGCCAUGGAGGGCGCCUCCGUCCUCAGCCCUUCCUCAUGGGAGAAGCGCCGGGCCUGGGCCCGGCAGAGCCGCUGCUGGAGGACCACCGUGGUGGAGGAGGAGGCGGCCGCCGCCAUGCAGGACGUCCCCGAGCUGCAGCCACCCCACCUGGACGACGUCUUCCUGGAAGGAAGCCCCUCCAGUAAGAUAGAGACGUGGCUGCAAGAGUGCGGGAAGGACACGCACCUGGAGAUGGCUCUGCCACACGUCUCCCAUCCCACCUCCAGCCCCCCCCGGGGUGGGGACAGGGGGGAUGUGACGGGGGUUCUGCUCGGGUGCAGGUCGUCGAUGGAGGUCCCGCCGGAGGAGCUGGGCUUGCCAGGCCCCUGUGGGUGUGGGAGCAACGGGACCAGCUUCGAGGAUGACCUGACCCUGGGAGCUGAAGCUCUUCUGCUACCGGGGAGCAACAAGGCCACGGGCAGAGCUCUGCGGGACAAGCCCCUCCACCUGGGGCACAGCAUGGCAUCCAGUGCCCUCUCCAGCUUCACCACCAAGACCAGCUCCAGCAUCUCCGAGGUCCUGGAGUGGUGGCAGGCGGACGCCGAGGAGAUUCUCUACAACCUGGGCUUCGUGCAGAGCGAGCCGGAGCCCGUGUCCCGUGUCCCCGCGCGCUUCUUCUCGUCCCCUUCCCGCGCCAACGGCAUCGACUUCCAGCUCUUCCUCAAGGCCCAAGUGCAGCGCAUGGAGAUGGAGGACCCCUGCCUGAUGCUGGCCAGUCGUUUCCAGCAGGUCCAGGCUCUGGCUGCCACGGCCGAUGCUUUCUUCUGCCUCUACUCCUACGUCUCUCGGACCCCCGUCCAGCGCAUCUCCCCCUCCCGCCUCGCCUGGCCUUGUCCCCACGUCCCCACCGUCCCCAUCGCCCCCCCCCAGCCCACCGUCCUCUCGCCCGUGGAGCGCCUGAAGAAGGCCGUGGCCACCAUGUGCCUCUACACGUCCCCGCGGGAGGAGGACAGCCCCCGGGGGACCCACCGGCCCCCCGCCGUGGCCACCAGUCAGCCCAGUGCCCUGGGGAAGGUGGUGCAGGAGGUGCUGGAGCGGGCGCGGGAGGACAGGUUCCGCUUCGAGCCGCCCGAUGUCACGGAGGGGAGGGACACGGGGACGGCGCAGCAGUGGCGGGGGGCACGGGGGGGUCCCCCAGAGCCGCCAUCACUGGUGGAGGGUGUCCCUGCGUGUCCCCAUGCCCUGGCGUGCUGCGGAGGGGAGCGGGAGGUGUCCCCAGGGCCAGCCCCAGGGGGGACACCAUCGGGUGCUGCGUGGGGACACCGGGGUGACACCCUGGGGUCCUGUCCCCACGGCCUGGGGAGCAGUGACAGCCCCACAGGGUGGGACAGCACGGAGCAGCAGGGUCCAGAUGCUGCUGCCAAUGUCACCUUGUCCCCAACCCCGUGUCCUCUGGCCCCCCACGCCGGCCGGGGGUGGGUCACCCCUGAGCACCCCGAGGGGCUGGGGUCCGAGGGGGACUCCGGCUUCGGCUCCUGGGGACCCUCCCCUGGGAGGAAGGCAGGGUCCCUCAGGUGCCACCUGGACCCCUCUGGGACACCUUCCCCUGGAUCAGACACACCAAGAGGCCACCGGGCUCGGCGAAGCGGGGUCCGGCCCCAGGGGGGGUCCCCGAGGAACACCAGGAGGUGGCGGGGGGACGGAGCGGGGCUGCAGCCCCCCGGGACGGUCCCCGUGUCCCACCCACCCGGGGGGCAGCGGCCGGUGGACUCCUUCGAGAUGGAGGAGGUGCCAAGCGCCAGCGAGGAAGAUGAUGAUGACGACGACGACGAUGAUGAUGAUGAUGGUGAUACCCAUGAGGAAGCCGCCCGGUCCCUCCAUCCCUCCUUCAGGAUCCGCAGAACCUUCAUCCUCCACGCCAGCAGCGGCCAGUCCGACAGCAGCGGCUUCGUGGAGGAGCCGGUGCCCGGCCACCCCCCAACCGGAGCCCACCAGCUGGACUGAGGACACCGCGGGGGGACCCGGGCUUGUCCCGGCGCUGGUGGCCACCGAUGGACUGCACCGGGCCACCGCGCUUCGGGCACCCUCAGCCGAGGGCUGAGCACGGCGUGUGCACGUGUGUGUGGGUGUGGGUGUGAGCGCACGUGUGGGUGUGAGCGCACGUGUGGGUGUUUGGCACAGAAAACCUUUUGACUCAGGACUUUUGCCCCCCCGAGGGGGCACACGCGUCCCCACUCUGCCCGGUUUGGGGCUGUGGCUGCACUGGGGCAGCACCGGGGACAUGUCCCCAUCCCCAGGACAGCACCAGGGACAUGUGCCCCAACCCUGGGACAGGGUCAGGGAUGCGUCCCCCAUCCCGGGACAGCACUGGGGACAUGUUCCCCAUCACUGGGACAGCACUGGGGACAUGUCCCCCAGCCCCAGGACAGCACCAGGGACAUGUCCCCCGUCAUGGGUCAGCACCGGGGACAUGUCCCCAUCUCCAGGGCAGCACCAGGGACAUGUCCUCCAGCCCUGGGACAGGGUCAGGGACGUGUCCCCCAUCCCCAGGACAGCACUGGAGACAUGUCCCCAUCACUGGGGCAGCACCAGGGACAUGUCCCCCAGCCCUGGGACAGAGUCAGGGAUGCGUCCCCCAUCCCAGGACAGCACUGGGGACAUGUCCCCCAGCCCCAGGGCAGCACCAGGGACAUGUCCCCCAGCCCUGGGACAGAGUCAGGGAUGCGU